CAUAGUCUCACAUUCACAGGCCCCUCGUUACUCACUGUCAUGACUGACAAGAAGCUACCCUCCUUUGACGAGCUGCCAAAAUUCCACAACUUUUCUGGUUGUGCUUGGGACGUCUGGGGUAGAGACGAUGAGUUGGGAACUGUCAACCUAUUAACGGAGGACGUUGUAAAGAAAGCCGCGGAAGAAAUCAAGUUGGGCAAGACCGUCUGUUUGAACUGGCCUGUAAACUUUCCUGAGAAGCCGUUCUACAAUAGACAAACGCCCAUUAUUCAUUCUUGGCGGAAGUCCGACAAUGUCAAUGACGACUCGAUUUCUAUCAAUACACAGUCUGGGUCUCAGUGGGAUGGUUUGAAACAUUACGGUAUCGAAGAACACAAGGUCUUCUAUAACAACACUCCUUCAGAAUCCUUGUACAGAGGACAUCUCUCCAUUCCUGACCCGGGGAAGAUCGACCCACAAUUAACGAAGUUGGGCAUUCAUAACUGGGCUCAGCAUGGAAUAUGCGGGCGUGGUGUCUUCCUGGAUCUGGUCAGCUAUUACACAUCUGGUGGGGUUCCGUUACCAUACGAUCCAUGGACAACGCACGCAAUAGCAUUGAAAGAUAUUCAAGAUUGUGCUAAAAAGCAGGGCGUUGAAUUCAGACAAGGCGACAUCCUCCUGCUUCGUAUGGGCUUCAUCCAGAGGUUCAAUUCUGCAACUCCCGAGGAACGUCUCUCUUUUCACGGAAAGCCCGAGACCUUCGCUGGCAUCGAGCAAUCUGAAGACAUGAAACGGUUCCUUUGGAACAACCAUUUCGCUGCCGUUGCAUCCGACCAGCCCGCCUUGGAGCGUUGGCCGACGCCACAAGGAACGCCGCAACUUCAUCAGGUGUGUAUUUUAUUCCUGCUUAUGUUUGUAUGUCUUCAUUGCGCUAUGUCUUCACAGACAAUAUUGGGCUUGUUUGGUAUGCCCAUAGGUGAAUUCUUUGAUCUGGAGGCCCUCUCCAAGUUCUGCUCUGAAACCGGGAGAUAUACAUUUUUCUUCUCAUCUUGGCCUCUCAACAUCCUUGGUGGUGUAGCGAGCCCUCCAAAUGCUGCCGCUUACUUCUGAUUGGAACUGACUUGGUUGUCGUAAGAAUGCUGACGAAGAAUGUAACAGUAUAUUGCCAUGAAUAUGUGUAGAUAAAUAAAUGUAUAAAGGGAUGAGAAAGGCUGUAGUCUAUGGAUACAAGAGGAUUUUUCAAUCGAUAGUUCGAGACAAGUCAGCACAUACUGACGGGGGAAAUCUAGCCUCUAUGUAUGCGCAUAUGGGUCAGUGUAGGGGAGGCUAGCGUUGCCAGAAUCAGCGUGUGGGACCGAACAACCUCCGCAACGGGGACAAAAGCCUGAAACUUGUAGAGCGAAACUUGAGACCUGAUGGCUGAGGCUUCGAACAUAGCACGUAUCGUGUACUGCCAUCCGGAGAAACGACCCCAUUAUCCUGGUGUUAGAGCACUGCAUUACGAAUUCGAGC